AUGGAUCUCAUCAACCCCCGUUGCGUCCACUUUCGACUGACCGUCUAUGUCGACAACAAGGUGGUCAUGCAUCAGCAGCCGUCGACUGUUGACUAUAUUAUCCCUUGCCUUCGCGUCAACGGCGCCGAAUUGAAAACCGUGGAUUACUUCAAUUACCUAGGCAGCAUAAUGACUCGCUGCGUCAAAAUCGACGACGAAGUGGCCCACCGGAUCUUCAAAGCCAGCCAAACCUUCAGUCGGCCGCAGAACACCAUGUGGAAUCGCCACGGCCUCCAAAUGGACAUCAAGUGGAAGAUUUAA